AUGCCGAUGCCAGGAGAGAGGUUCCUCCCCUCCUCUCUCAACCCAUUCUCACGAUCAUCCGGUUCCGGUUCUGGUUCAGGUGGAGACCAAGCCCAACCGCAGGCAUCCUCGUCGUCCUCUAGAUCUUCAAUCUUACAGCCUAUCCCGUUCACCGGUUCUUCAAACUUACCCCCUACAGAUCCUCAUAAAGCUCUAUCCGAGCUAUUGGCCACCGCGCAUCUACAAAGGGACAAUAAGAUAUCCAAUUCAGUCAAGGCAGCCUUGAUCAGAAGCUUGUUUCAAAGUAUAUGGCAAAGAUCAGACUGGAUAAAAUACUUCUUACCUACCACUAUCAACUCAUCUGAUGCAGGAAGCUCGCCGGAGAAGGUAGAUCUGAAAAUACCGAGUUUUGGGAAUUUGAAUGAUUGGUUGAUCAAUGAUCUUCAAGAUAAUUUACCUUCACCUAAAACGUGGAGUCUAAGUGCAGCUCAAGAUAAGCUAGAUGAGAUCUAUAAAUCUAAAGGUCAUAGGUCAUUUAAGAAAGUGAGGAAUGGGACGAUAUGUGGGAAAGUGUUCAAUCGAUUUGAUAGGACGUUCACCUGCAAGACAUGCGCUAUAAAUCCUUCUGUCGUGCUCUGUGCGGAAUGUUUCCAUUCAUCUGAUCACGAAGGGCAUGAAGUCUUGUUCGGACAAUCAUAUUCGUUUUCUGCAUCUUGCGAUUGUGGUGAUCCAUCAGCAUGGAAAACCGACCCUCCAUCAUGUAAAGGAUGUUCACAUCAUCCGCCUCUAUCGGAGGGUGAAAAACCAAUACAAACAUUAAAGUAUGAAAUACCGGAUAACCUUCUUUUGGCAAUUCAUCGUACAAUCGUAAUGGUCUUGGAAUUUAUCAUACAAACAUUACAACAUUCCUUGAUUCCCUCCGAGUAUGGUCAUUUACCGAAGACGGAGGAAGAGAUGCGUAAUUCGGAACAACCUACGGGCGAAAUGAAAGAAAGGAGGGAUAAGGGACCGUGGAGCGUGGUGAUGUGGCAAGAUGAGAAACACGUUUCGAGAGAAGUGGCUAGACAACUUAGAGAUGCUCUGGGAAUCAAAUGGGAAGUAGCGGAACAAUGGGUUAGGGAAGUGGACGAAGUGGGCCGCAAAAUUGUUCUGGUCUCAUCGAACCCUAUAAUAGCCUUCCACGGAGCGAGCAUGAUCCAGCAAAUCGACGCUCCUGUCUCAUUACGUCUUGCCUCAGACUCAUUUAAGGAAGAACUUGUCGGACUCUUGAUAUCUUGGCUAUACGAUAUGGUCCAAUCGACAAUCGAUGGAGACGAUACAGUGUUCAAGAGGAUGUUAGCGAAAGCUCUGUACGAACCGAGGUUAAGAAACGCUGGUGUGGGUGCGGGAACUCCUUUAGCCCCAGAUCUGAAAGAUCUUGAAUGGGGUAAAAUUAUGGGCGGUCAUGAUACGAGAAGAAUCGAUUGGUUGUUACAGUUAGAUUCUAGAUUAUGGAAGAAAGCCAAAUGGGAGAUGAGGCAGAUAUACUGCUCGGUGUUAUUGUUUGAUCAGGAUGUGAGAAAGGAUUUGGCCUCACGAUUCGCAAUCAAUUAUCCACGGUUGGUCGAACAUUACAUCUUCCAAGAACGGGAACUGGAUACGAAUAUCAUCUAUUCAUCGGCUUACCUCAUCUUCACCAAUGGAGCUGUUUGUGUACAUGCCACAGCCAAAGGCCAAUUGUACAACAACGUAAUCAGUGUUGCCCACGCAUGGUUCACUGGGCAAAAUAUCAAGACUGACGGUUGCGAUCGACUGGUCAUUCCUCCUCUUCAUUUCGAUCCUACGGAUAAUUCAGCCAAAGGUCGCAUGGAUACCGAUGCACCUGCAUUCAGGAAUAAGAAAGGCCUGGCUUUACUUGGUCAUCUUAGAAGUAUGGUUCGACAUCCAGAAAUGAGGAAACUCAUCGUUCGACAACCCCAGUUAUUCAACCGAGCUUUAUUGUUCAUCAAUAUGUUUGUAGGAUUACAACCUCAGAAAAGGGAACAGACCGAACACGUAGAAUACGAAGUCGACUGGUACAAAUCUUUCAUCAUCUUACCGGACAUGUCUAAACUCUGUCGAGAACUUGGAGAAGUGUUCUUGAGCGGAACGAUAGAUAAUGUCUUGGGAUCUAUGGCGGUGGUGGUCAACAGGAUAUUAACCGAUAUGAUGUUGAUGUCCAACACUUUGGAUAAAGAGAAAUAUCAAAGACCGGUUGAACAUGAUGUUCAAGAUGUUUUAUAUAAAAACUCAAGAUUCUCACUCAUCAAACAAUCUGUCACUCGCAUAGAAGCUUUCAGUUUCCACCAUUAUUUGAAUUACCUCUUGGCAGAAAUGGUCAAAUCGUUUGGGAAACAUCUUGGCCAGUUGAACGAUGACAUCAGCACUUCAUCCUUGAGGGGGUUGAAUUUCAGGCAGAUAAUGGAGAAAUUCGUGUUGAGAGCUCAGAAUCAGAGUGAUAGUGAGAGGAUGAAGUUGAUGAUCAUCGAAUGGUCAAUCCAAACACACGUGGUGCUCUCGCAGAUCCGUGCUGAUAUGUGGAAGAAGAACGGCGCUGCGAUGAGAAUGCAGCACCACCAUUAUCGAGAAAUGACCCUCAGAGAGGCAACACUCGAUCAAGAUUUCUUCCUAUUACAGUUUGGUCUAUGUAUCAUUGAUCCUCUCAAGUUCAUGGUCGCUAUGAUAGAUCGAUUCGGCCUAUCGCCGUGGUUCAGAGGUAACCCGAAGAAUCCAGAUAUCUGGUUGUCCCACGCUACCGAACCAAAACAACGUAUCAACCUCCUUGAAGAUUUCUUACUGCUGGUCAUCCACCUUGUGACAUAUCCAGCUAUCGUCGAUGGUUGGUCGAGAGACAAGAUAACGCGAAAACACAUCAUACACCAACUUGCAGUUCAACCUUUGACUUAUUACGAAAUCUACAAGAAGCUACCUGAAAGAAGUCAAGAGGGAAGCGUGACGCCCAUCCUGAGAUCAGUUGCCGAUUUUAGAGAACCAACUGAAUCUGCUCCUGGACAAUACUCCCUCAAAGACGAACUGUACGACGAAGUCGAUCCAUACUGGCACUACUAUACCAAGAACGACCAGCGUGGAGCUAUGGACAAGCUCAUCGCUAGAGCAAAGAAACGUAAUCCAUCGGUGGAAGAUCCCUUCAUCUUGCCCAGACCCCUCGAACUUCCUCCUGCCGAGCACCCAUUCUCCAACAUUGGCGACUUCCUCCACACGAACGUCGUCAGCGACUUGGUCUACUGGACGUUAUCGCAUUGUCUACAUAUGGGCGAUCCCGAUCGAUGGGCUUUGAUUGUUCAUGCCGCCAUGCCAGCUGAAUCGAAAGCUGCACCGGUUAUACCUACCUGGGACUUUGUGCUUGACUAUUCUCUCCACCUCGCUAUGAUAGCUCUAUCGGUUGCUCCGAGUCAAUUCGCUGAAGCCUCACUUCAAAUUAAAGGAGCUGACGGUGAUCAUUCGACUUUCCAGAAUUUAUGGAUAAUGCAAACUCAGUCGGCAUACAAGCCAUACAAGGCGAGGGUUGACUAUAUAUUAGAAACGAUAGUGAAACACCUACCAGCUGAAUAUACCGUCGACUAUCGUGCAAAUAGGGAAGCCGAAUCGUUAUUACAGCUUUCCUCACCUGCGAAACCUGAUCCGAAAGCUGCUGCCGCUGCAAGGCAGAAGGCAAUCAUGGCUGCGUUCGCAAAGCAGCAACAAAACUUUGUAGCUAUGAUGGAAGAGGAAAGUGGUGACGAAGACGAGUCAAUGGCGGAAGAUACUGAUAUGGAUCAAGAUGGAGUCCACGCUGAGAACGAAACGUAUGGACAAUGUAUAGUCUGUCAAGAAGAUAUAACCUCAAGAGCUCCUGGUGGUAUGUUGGCUCUUCUCCAACCUAGUCGAACGAUUCGAGAAGCGGUCCACGAUAGAGAUUGGUUCGAAGAGUCUCUUCAAACUCCAACAAGCCUGGAUAAACCGACUAGAUACCACCGAUUCGCUUACGAGGAUGGUGAUCGAGCUGAACCAAUCUCAACACAAGGUUAUCCUAGCACAGCUCUGAAAUUCGGAAUUCACAUGUCUGCGUGCAGUCACUUCAUGCACGAUCAAUGUAUGUCGAAUUACUUCGAAGCUACCAAGACUCGACAUACACAACAAGUCCAGAGACAUCAUCCUGAAAAUGCUGUACGUUUAGAAUACAUGUGUCCCCUGUGUAAAUCACUCGGAAACGUCUUAAUACCCGUUGAACCCAGUAUGACACCCAGGAAACCUGCUGUUGUCCUCAAGAAGGAAGGAGAGAAAUUACCUAGUUUGUCAGUGACUAUACGGAAAGUAUCGAGUGAGGGUUUACUUCGAGUGGCGGAUAGUCAGAGGAUAUGGGAUCAUCAUUUCGAAACCGGUGAAGUGAUACCUUGGUUCUCCGAUUGUAUGUUCUCGGUUCAUUCAUUGGAUCACGCUCAUCGAAGAGGACAUAUGAAAAGUACUUCUCGAAUGGCUGAUCGAAUGCGGGGAUUGAUCCGACCUCUAUCUGAACAAUCUCAUCGUAUUCGAGGUAAGAAGACUCACAUGUACUUGCCCGACGAUAUGGUUGGAUAUACCGUUUCGAUGGCUGAAAUAACCCAACGUGGACUUGGUGGACCAACGACUAUAAAUGGAAAAGAAGUAUUAUCGGUCGCAGAGCAAAUACCGGAAUUGUCAAUGAAAUUAAUCAAGAAAUUGAUUUGGUUGUUACAAUUAGAAUUAGAUUUAUACUUCGGACCUGGAUUCGAUAGAACUGCGCUGAGAGUAGGAAUCUUCGCUAGAUUCUUGCCUGAUUGGUAUAGGUCUUCGACAUUACCUUCACCACUCUUACUUCGUAAACCGCUCGGUAUGGUCAUUGAAACCGCCGCAAUCGCACCUGACUUAUUACAAUCGGUGAUCGUUAUGGCUUAUUAUGCUGAAUUGAUCAGAUCAAUGUUCGGAUUAGCCUUAUCAAUCAAGAGAAGUUGUAUAUCCUCUUCAGCGACCAAUUCAUCAUCAAGCUCUUACAAGAUGCUCCAACCUUCGUCACGGUCAAUCCCACCGGAAGAUCCAACUGUACAAGAUGCCCUCGAACUAUUUACGGGAAUCAAACCUAUAAUGUUAUCGAUCCUACGAAAUGCUGGACCUUUCGCCGACGCCGAGUCGAUCGUCAAUAUGGUCCCUGAUGAGAUGCUAGCGAAAUUGGUAUAUUCACAUACACUACCUUUCCUCCGAAGAGCAGCAAUCAUCUAUAAUGCCGUGUCGGGAUCAUACCCCAUGAUGACUCCCGAGACUUUAGAUACUCUCAAAACACCUGGUAUAUGUGAAUACAGAAGGUUGUUGACCUUGUUGGGGAUCCCUUCACCUCAUGAUACGCUUCGUGAUCCAUCAACGACCGAAACGCCAAUCGUAGCUAGAUGGUUAACCCAGUGGGCCUCGCAGGGACGGAUCAUCCCGUCUUUGGAAUAUCCAGGAACAUACGAAUUAGUGAGAUUACCUACCAAGUGGGAAACGCUGGUAUUGGACUAUCAGAAUAGGAAGUGCUCGAGAUGUAAGACAAAACCUACCUACCCUGCGUUAUGUCUUUUCUGCGGGGAGAUGGUUUGUCUAGGAGGGGAUUGUUGUUCGGUUGGAGAGGAGGGAGAAUGCAAUUUACAUAUGAGAGAGUGCGGUGCGGUAGUAGGAAUGUUCGUAGAUAUACGAAGAUGGAUCAUACUUUAUUUGUAUGCUGGUUCAGGAAGUUUCGGUCAUAUGCCUUAUCUGGAUGAACAUGGAGAAUUGGAUAUUUCCAUGAGACGAGGACAUAGACAAUACGUCCAUAUUGGUCGAUUGGACGAACUUCGAAAAGCCACUUGGCUAAUGCAUAAUAUACCUCAUUUGACAGCUAGGAGGCUGGAGCUGACUUCUGAUGGGGGUGGUUGGGGAUGUUUAUAG